AUGAAGUCGUACCUAGUAUACGUGCCUGGAGACGUUCAAUCAAUUGAAAUUGGUAUGAAGCACAUCAUCAACCUGUUCAGUUAUUCCACUCAACACGCCCGUCAUAAUGUAUUGAAUAAUCACGCCAAAUACAUACACACUCAGUUCAGAAAAAGGGCGAAUAUGUUCGAUCAUUGUCGACCAAUAUCAAUAGAUAAUCUCUAUGGUUCAUUAACGGUUAAUACCAAUCACAGUUCAUUAUGUCCCCAACCACGACAAUGGAUAUUCUUCUAUGAUUAUGGCUACACAUUAUUCAUUCGCUUAAUUAAUAUAACUCAGUUAUUAUCUCAGUCAUAUUUAAUAAAAAUCUUUUCGAUUGUAAAUCAAGACAAACGACUUAUCUAUGAUUCAACAAAUACAACCGAUGUACAUAAUGAAAUUCAAUUCGAUAUUCGAGAAAAUUACUCGAGGGUGUUAAUAGAAUUGAUAUCACUUAAAAGGAUCAGUGCGCAACAAACUUCGUUUAUUAUCGAUUAUGCCUUCCGAGAUAUUGCUCAUUCACGGUUCGGUCGACAAAUCCUUCAAGAUAACUCAUCUUCAUCAUCCUUCAAUGCCAAUCAACCAUCAUUUAUUGCUUUAAUUUGUAUUAUCGCUGUCCUUCUAAUUGCGAUCAUCAUCACUCUGACUGUCUUCUGUUAUCGUCAUUGUUCGUAUCGACGUCAGUCGAAAAAACGCUACAAAAUUCGUCAUACCUCAAGUGAACAACAGUCUACUGAUCAAACGCAUCUAGCUGCAUCCAUAACACCUUCGUCUGCUUCGUCAAAUUCGAUUCGAUCAACUCGACAUUCGUCCUCGCACCAACAUCUGAUGCAUAUUCAACAACAAACCUCCUCACUCGGUCUUAGUACGCAUACAUUGCCAACGAUCUUGCCCUCACGACGUUUACAACAGUCAAUGAUGGAUGCUUAUUUGAAUGAUUAUAACUCAUUUCAACCGAAUACAAUCGAUCCCAAACAAUUACAAUCGUAUUUAUUUAUUGAUCUGUAUUCGACAUCGAGUGAAACAUGCCCUGAUGGUGUUUCAAGACCCUAUAUGAAUGACAAUACAACAACAAGUGGUUAUGAUACAUCGACAGGCGGAGAAGAUCGACGUUUUCAAAAUCACAUGCGCUAUCGUCAUCGUCGAGGAUAUUACUACAAUCAAAAACAACGACGGCGUUCAUCGAGAACAUUCAAACGAUCUCGUGGUCCUCGAUUUCUUAUGCGUGAACGCUCAUUACCAAGUAAUCUUCUCAAACUUCCACAACUUCGUCACGAUCAUCGUUUUUCGACCAUGCGAACCAGUCACAGCAGCAGCACCGCUAGUAAUCCAAAUCUUGAUUUCAUUUCCACGAAUGCAUCGACAACAACAGAUGAUUACGACGAAAGUCACGCGUAUCAUGUUCAACAUAGUCGUACGAUGAAUACGAUCGAAGAAGAAGAAAAUCCAGCGAUGAUUUCCAGAACCUAUUCGCAACAACCGUACUUGUUUGAGAUGGUCUCUACGAUUCGUGGUGAUGACAGUGAUAUGCCAAAUUACGAAGACAUUCGAAUGCCAUACAAAAUAUGUCCAAUCAGAGGAGAUGGUAUUGCUUACGUAAACGAUUCGAUUAUUGUGUAA